AACACUCCACUGUUCUAGAUUCUCUUUCUUUCUUUUUUUCCCUCAAGCAAAAAAAAAACUUUUUUUUUUUUUCUGGGUUUCUUUUAGUUUCCUAUCUAGGAAUCACCGUAGUGUGCUUUGUGAAAUUUCAAUUGAAUCGAUCGGUAUCAAGAUAUGGCGGAAAAUGAAGAAGUAGAUAAGAAGAUAAGAUCAACAGUUUCGAGCUGUGAGGCGUAUUUCGAUAAAGUUCAGUCGAGGAAGAAUCUUCCCAAAUCUCUUCAAGAAACCCUUAACUCUGCUUUCGCCGGAAUCCCUGUUUCCUCCUUCCCUCAAGUUCCCGGCGGCAGAGUGAUAGAGAUACCAGCGGAAACGCCUGUGUCAGAAGCAGUAAAGAUUUUAUCAGACAGCAAGAUUCUUUCAGCUCCUGUGAUCAACACAGAUCACGAGAGUUCUUUAGAUUGGAGAGAUAGAUAUCUAGGAAUCAUUGAUUACUCUUCAAUCAUCUUAUGGGUACUAGAGAGUGCUGAGCUUGCUGCAAUCGCCUUGUCUGCCACCUCUGCAACCGCUGCUGGUGUUGGUGCAGGAGCUGUUGGAGCUUUAGGUGUUGCAGCGCUCGGUGUCACUGGUCCCGUUGCUGCAGCGGGUCUUGCUGCGGCUGCGGUUGGAGCCGCAGUUGCUGGUGGUGUUGCAGCUGACCGUGGGAUGGGGAAAGAUGCUCCAACUGCUGCUGAUAAAUUGGGGAAAGAUUUUUAUGAAGUUAUUCUUCAAGAAGAGCCUUUCAAAUCAACCACUGUUAGAACGAUACUUAAGUCGUUUAGAUGGGCUCCUUUUCUUCCAGUGUCUACAGAGAGUUCAAUGUUGAGUGUUAUGUUGCUACUCUCUAAAUACCGGUUAAGAAAUGUGCCGGUUAUUAAAGCAGGAGAACCCGAUAUCAAGAACUACAUUACUCAAUCUGCAGUAGUUCAAGGUCUUGAAGGUUGCAAAGGCCGAGAUUGGUUUGAUCACAUUUCAGCUCUCCCCAUUGCUGAUCUUGGCCUUCCUUUCAUGUCUCCCAGUGAGGUUAUUAGCAUUGAGAGUGAAGAACUAAUUCUUGAAGCAUUCAAGCGGAUGAGAGACAACAACAUUGGUGGUCUCCCUGUAAUCGAAGGGCCGAACAAGAAGAUUGUUGGAAACAUAAGCAUGAGAGAUAUCAGAUAUUUGCUUCUACAACCUGAAGUCUUCUCCAAUUUCAGACACCUUACAGUGAAGAGUUUCGCGACAAAGAUUGCUACCGCGGGUGAGGAGUAUGGUUUAGCGAUUCCCGCGAUAACAUGUAGGCCUGAUUCGACUUUGGGGAGUGUUAUAAACAGUUUGGCUUCGAGGUCGGUGCAUCGGGUUUAUGUAGCGGCUGGAGAGGAGAAUGAGCUUUAUGGGGUUAUAACACUGAGGGAUGUGAUCUCUUGUUUCGUAUCAGAACCUCCAAACUACUUUGAGAACUGUCUAGGGUUCUCGGUUAAAGAAAUGCUUAACCGAUGAUCUCUUGUUUCUCAGCUUUACAUAUUUGUCUUUGUUUGUUUGUUCUUCCUUGGUUUAGAUUCUGAAGUUGUUGUCUUUAUAUCUAAUUUUUAACCACUUUUUAGUUUGAAAGUUCUGUCAUUUGUGAUUUACCUUUACAAAAUCCUAAUAAAAAAUUUGAGUGGA